CUUUUCCCUACCAAGUUUCGGAGAUCCGGCUGUACACCAUAAUAGUUAUAGUCACACAACCUCCGACCAGAAAUAAAGCAUUUACAUGGAGUCUUGAGUUUACUAUAUCAUUUAGUUGGAGCCAUCGGAGUAGAAAGAAGAAGUUUGGCAUCAUGGCUCCCAUCGCUAUCUCACCCGAAAGAGACCCAGCGCUACAGAGCGGGGAGUCAGCGCUGACCACCGUAUUCGAUGACACCAUCCGCUUCUACCUUAAUGGUACUCGCGUCGUGCUCGACGAGAUCGAUCCCGAGGUUACAUUGCUUGAAUAUCUAAGGGGUAUUGGCUUGACCGGGACCAAGCUUGGCUGCGCGGAAGGCGGAUGUGGUGCUUGUACCGUCGUGGUCAGCCAAUAUAACCCGACCACCAAGAAAAUAUAUCACGCCAGCGUCAAUGCCUGUCUAGCACCGCUCGCAAGUGUGGACGGAAAACAUGUUAUAACAAUUGAAGGCAUAGGAAAUGUGAAACAGCCUCAUCCUGCCCAAGAGCGAAUCGCCAAGAGUAAUGGAAGUCAAUGUGGAUUUUGUACCCCCGGAAUUGUCAUGAGUUUAUAUGCCUUAUUGAGAAACAACGAAAGACCCACCGAACAUGAUAUCGAGGAAGCUUUCGACGGGAAUCUCUGUCGAUGUACUGGAUAUCGCCCGAUCCUGGAUGCUGCUAACACUUUUAGUGUGAAAAAUGCCUGCGGUAAAAGCACGGCGAGUGGCGGUUCCGGCUGUUGCAUGGAAAAUGGCGACGGCGCUAAGGGCGCAAAUGGAGGAUGCUGUAAGAGCAAAAGCCUAGACGAUGGGCAACCCAUCAAAAGAUUCACACCACCGGGCUUCAUCGAAUACAAACCAGAUACCGAGCUCAUAUUCCCACCGACACUAAGAAAGCAUACAUUCAAACCUCUUUCCUUCGGAAAUAAGAGGAAGAGGUGGUAUCGCCCCGUUACACUAGCUCAAUUGCUUGAGAUAAAGAGCACCUUUCCCAAUGCUAAGAUUAUCGGCGGUAGCACAGAAACACAAAUCGAGAUCAAAUUCAAGGCUUUGCAAUACCCGGUCUCAGUCUUCGUUGGCGAUAUCCCUGAAUUGCGACAUUACUCUUUCAAAGAGGAUCACCUAGAAAUUGGUGGAAACGUCGUACUCACAGACCUCGAGAAUAUUUGCCUGGAAGCUGUCAAGCGGUAUGGCGAAGCGAAAGGUCAGGUUUUCCAAGCCAUGCACAAGCAACUCAAGUAUUUUGCUGGGCGGCAAAUUAGAAAUGUCGGUACACCCGCCGGAAACCUAGCUACCGCUUCUCCUAUUUCCGACCUGAAUCCCGUGUUCAUGGCGGCGGACUGUGUCUUAGUGGCUAAGUCUCGGAGUAAAGAGAUUGAGAUUCCUAUGGCCGACUUCUUUAAAGGCUAUCGCAAAACAGCCUUAGAACCGGACUCCAUCCUCGCAUCAAUUCGUAUUCCUCUAACCCGCGAAAAGGGCGACUACUUCAGAGCCUACAAACAGGCAAAACGUAAAGAUGACGAUAUUGCAAUCGUCACUGGGGCGUUGCAUGUUAGGUUAGAUACGAAGGGAAUUGUUGAGCAUUGUAAUUUGGUCUAUGGAGGCAUGGCACCCUUUACCAUUGCGGCGAAGAAGGCCAACGAGUAUCUCAAUGGCAAACUAUUCGCCCAUCCUGAUACCCUAGAAGGGGCUAUGAAUGCACUUGAGUCCGAUUUCGACCUUGCAUUCAGCGUCCCGGGAGGUAUGGCCUCAUACCGAAGAUCACUAGCACUCAGUUUCUUCUAUAGGUUCUACCACGAUGUAUUGUCGGGUAUCAAUGUGGAAAGUGAACACGGCGAUAGUCAAGCCGUCGAAGAGCUAGAGAGGGUGCUGUCGACCGGUUGGAAGGACCUCGAAGCCACUUCCGAGUACACCGAUGGCCCUCUUGGAAAGGCAGGUAACCAUGUAGCAGCUUUGAAACAAACCACGGGAGAAGCACAAUACACCGAUGACAUCCCCCCGCUGAAGAACGAACUUCAUGGGUGCUUGGUGCUGUCUACAAGAGCGCAUGCAAAAAUCAAGUCAAUUGAUUAUACAGAGGCGUUAGAUAUUCCCGGGGUUAUCGACAUAGUUGAUCACAAUGAUCUACACGAUCCUGAACACAACAAAUGGGGCGCGCCAAAUUUCGACGACUUAUUCUUCGUCGAAGAUGAGGUCUUUACGGCCGGUCAGCCAAUCGCUAUCGUCUUAGCUACAACUCAAGCAAAGGCUGUGCAAGGUGUCCGAGCUGUGAAGAUUGAGUAUGAAGAUCUUCCUGCCAUUUUUACUAUGGAAGAAGCAAUCGAAAAAGAAAGCUUUCAUAAGUUCUUCCGAUAUAUUAAGAAGGGCGAUCCGGAAGAAGCGUUCAAGCAUUGCGACUACACCUUUACGGGUGUCUCGCGAAUGGGUGGCCAAGAACAUUUUUACCUUGAGACACAUGCAUGCGUCGCUAUACCUAAGCCCGAAGAUGGCGAGAUGGAAAUCUGGAGUAGUAGUCAAAACCCCACCGAAAGUCAAGCAUAUGCGUCCAAGAUCCUAAACGUACAAUCUAAUAAAGUGACGGCUCGAGUCAAACGUCUAGGUGGCGGUUUCGGCGGGAAAGAAACCAGAUGUGUUCAUCUCAGCACAAUUUGCGCAUUAGCUGCACAGAAAACCAAGCGACCGGUGCGAUGCAUGCUCAACCGCGACGAGGAUAUGGUGCUGACGGGCCAACGACACCCUUUCCUUGCCAAAUGGAAGGUGGGCGUUAAUAAGGAUGGGAAACUUCAAGCCAUUGAUAUGGAUGUCUUCAACAAUGCCGGCUGGUCCUUCGAUUUGAGCGCCGCUGUGUGCGAACGCUCCCUGAGCCAUAGCGACAAUUGCUAUAAAAUUCCCAACUUCCAUGUCCGCGGGCGUCUAUGUAAGACCAACACGAUGUCAAACACCGCCUUUCGCGGCUUCGGCGGACCUCAGGGCUUAUUCUUCGCCGAAUCUUAUAUGUCCGAAAUUGCCGACCGCCUUAAUAUACCGGUCGAGAGAUUCCGCGAGAUCAAUUUCUAUAGACCUGGCGACGAAACGCAUUUCAACCAAGUAAUAAAAGAUUGGCACGUACCUUUGAUGUACAAGCAAGUUCAAGAGGAAUCAGAUUAUGCUAGACGCCGACAGGCUGUUGAAAAGUUCAAUGCGGAACACAAGUGGCGCAAGCGAGGACUGGCUUUGGUUCCCACCAAAUUUGGUAUUUCAUUUACCGCGCUUUGGCUCAACCAGGCUGGCGCCUUGGUACACAUCUACCACGAUGGGUCAGUCCUGGUUGCACACGGAGGCACGGAGAUGGGGCAAGGAUUGCACACCAAGAUGGUUACAAUUGCCGCGCAAGCUCUGAAAGUGCCGAUAGAAGAUGUUCAUAUUUCAGAAACAUCUACUAUGACGGUCGCUAAUACAUCGCCUACCGCCGCCUCGGCGUCAUCGGAUCUUAACGGCUACGCCAUCUUUAAUGCUUGCGAGCAAAUUAACGCUCGAUUGGCACCAUAUAGGGAGAAGCUCGGACCUAAAGCCACUAUGAAGGAACUCGCUCACGCGGCUUAUUUUGAUCGAGUGAAUUUGAGUGCCAACGGGUUCUAUAAGACGCCAGAAAUUGGCUAUACUUGGGGAGAGAAUACCGGUAAGAUGUUCUUCUAUUUUACCCAGGGUGUUGCGGCCGCCGAAGUCGAAAUCGAUUGCUUGACUGGCACUUGGACAUGUUUACGCGCCGAUAUCAAGAUGGACGUGGGUCGGUCCAUUAACCCAUCUAUCGAUUACGGUCAGAUCGAAGGUGCAUUCACACAAGGGCUAGGUUUGUUUACCAUGGAAGAAAGUCUAUGGUUGCGCAACGGGCCGAUGAAGGGGAAUUUAUUUACCAAAGGACCCGGCGCUUACAAGAUCCCUGGCUUCCGUGAUAUACCGCAGGUCUUCAACGUCAGUCUUCUCAAGGGUGUGGAGUGGGAGGAACUCCGCACAAUCCAGCGCAGUAGAGGUGUCGGCGAACCGCCCUUGUUCAUGGGAAGUUCGGCGUUCUUCGCCAUUCGCGAUGCGCUUAAAGCUGCUCGCGCCGAUUACGGCGUCAAAGCUACGUUGUAUGCAGAAGGAGAGAAGGACGAUGGCUUAUUAAGGCUAGAAAGCCCAGCAACACCCGAGAGGAUCAGACUUUCAUGUGUGGAUCCGAUCAUGGAGCGUGCGAGGGUGUUGCCAAAAGAGGGUGAGAAGAGCUUUUUGAUCGCGAUUUAGGAAAAUAUAGGCUAGUUUGUGACGGGUGGAAAGGGUCAUACGAUGGAAUGAGUGAAUAUAGCAUUGCUGGAUUAUAGAAUUUGAAUCUACUUAAGUAUCGGUCACAUGGUUCUCAUAGGCCUUGUGCAUUGAAGUAUAACAAUUAAGAAUAUACCUCUCAUCCCCUUAGGGGCAUCGUCAAUCGAAACAGCGGCUAUGCAGUUACGCCGAGGCAGUCCAGGUUCGCGAUAGUAAUCAGUGUAUACAUUACUAAUUUAUACCUAGGAAACAUCUACUAUACCUAGCUAGGUAAAUGGAGUAGACUACCAUACAUAUUCUACAAGUCCUACCCACGAUGCG